AUGGAGUUCAGAAAUCAGAAUGCAACCCAAGAACAUCAGUCACAAAAUCCUGAUAACCAUGUUACGGAUACACCUCCUAACCUAGAACACCAAAUUCCUUUUGCAUUCAUGAAUUCUAGCCAUAUGAAUACCUCACAACUCCUUCCUCAUUUUUCCUUGCACCGCGUGAACGCUCCACAACCACAACCAUUGUGUGGCUUAUCCAACCAAGAUGUGCCUAAUCUUUAUGGCAUGAGUUCCCAAGGUUGUUUUACCACUACACCCAGUGCUUCGAAGCAGCCUGGUAGCAAAACAAAAAGGAAAGACAACCCACCAAACAAGAAAAAGCCUACGAGCCAACAAGGUAACCGCUGCAGUUGGUCUACGGAAGAAGACAUUGCUCUAACUGAGGCGUUUCUAUAUGUAACCCUGGAUUCAAUAGUAGGAAAUGAUCAAAGAAGUGGAACCAUGUGGCAGCGUAUUCUUGAGGCGUACAAAAAUAAUGUUACUGAUUAUGAUAAUCGCAGAUGGAAUAGCUUAAAGUGUCACUGGAAAACUAUACAGGCAUAUGUUUCAACAUUCCAUGGAUUUUACGAAGGCAUAGAGAGAGCUCCCCCAAGUGGAAGUCAAACACAUGAUGUGGUAUGUUUCUUUUAG